AUGAAGCAGAUUGGAAGCUACCUUAUCAAGAAUGCGAUAGAGAAAGAAGCGAGAAAUCGGAAUGAAUUGCGAUACUUGAAUAAUGCGGUGUAUGAGGCAGCAAGUGCUAUAGUUGAUGAAAUCUACCAGGAGAAGAAAGAAAGCGACACAUUAUCAUCAUUGCUGUUCGUCCGAGCGAUGUCAUUAAUAAGCUGCUGUCUAAAUAGAAGAAAGAAGAGUGAUAAAGAAAAGCAGGCGGAACUCAAAUAUAUAAAUCACCAGUCUUACUUGGAUGAUUUGAAGUUAUAUGGAAAAGAUAAAGAAAAGGUAGAACGGUUAAUCAAAGCGGUCGAACAAGUUACGCUGCCAAUAGAACUAACUUUAAACGAACAAAAAUGCGCUAUCAAAUGUUACCGAAGUGCGAAGAAAAUAAUGGAAACGUCACCAACUAAAACAAGAACCAGCGGUACAAAUAAUAUACCUCAGGUCUUAGAUGAAGAAAGUUAUAAAUACCUUGGAAUAAAUCAAGAACUAUGGCCCGUAAAAGAUAGAUAUGAAGAACUGGCCCAACAGUGCGUCAAUAUCACAAAGGAAAUUCUAAGCAGUGACCUCUCUUGGAAUCAAACGUUUUACGGAUCUAGAGCAUUGGUAGUACGAAAGCUCCGAUACAUCUACAAAAUGGGAUCAGUGGCUACUGGCGUGGAAGCGAAGUGGUGA